AUUUAUAUAUCUAUUGAAUUUUCCUCCCUGCCGAAAAUUCAGAGAGAAUCAAAAGUGCUAUAAAAAAAAUAAAAAAAAAGCUAAAAACGCAGGAAGGAGGAGGAAGAGAAGAUACCAUCUCUCCACCUUCAGAAAGCGAUAGAGAUAGAGAGGCCACAACGCGUUGAUUCUUCUUCGUCUUCGUCUUCUCCGUGCCUCGCAGAUCCGCGAUCCGAUCCUUGUCCACGAUUACAUUUCUCUACGAACGUUUGAUCAUUCAAGUUUUUCAACAAACUUGGUAGAGGGUGUUUAACGCAUUUUUGUUUGUUCCUGGAGCACGUAUACGGAGAUGAAGAAAGUCUUCGGUCAAACUGUCAGAGACCUCAAGAGAGAGGUCAACAAGAAAGUUCUUAAAGUCCCUGGAAUAGAACAGAAGGUUCUAGAUGCUACUAGCAAUGAGCCAUGGGGUCCUCAUGGAUCUCUUCUUGCUGAUCUUGCGCAAGCUUCAAGAAACUACCAUGAAUACCAACUGAUCAUGGGGGUCAUAUGGAAACGACUUAGCGACACUGGGAAGAACUGGCGGCACGUCUAUAAGGCUUUGACAGUUUUGGAGUACAUGGUAGGCCAUGGUUCAGAACGUGUUAUAGAAGAGAUUAGAGAGCGUGCAUAUCAAAUCUCGACACUGUCCAAUUUUCAGUAUAUUGAUUCCGGUGGUAGAGACCAAGGAAGCAAUGUUAGAAAGAAAUCACAGAGCCUGGUGGCGUUGGUUAAUGACAAAGAAAGAAUCGCUGAGGUCAGAGAGAAGGCUGCUGCUAACAGAGAUAAGUAUCGCAGCUCAGCACCAGGUGGGAUGUAUAAGCCUUCAGGAGGAUAUGGGGACAGAUAUGAUUACGGAUCCCGGGAUGACGAGCGAAGUAGUUAUGGGAGAGAAAGAGAAUAUGGUUACAGGGAUGAUGAUAGAAACAGUCGUGAUGGAGAUCGCCAUUCCAGAGACUCUGAAGACCGGUAUGGGAGAGAUGGUAAUAGGGAAGAUGAUUACAGGGGAAGGAGCAGAAGUGUUGAUAACUUCCCACAGGGAUCACGGGGUAGGAGUUCAGAUAGGGAACGGACGUUUGAGGAUGAUGGCCAUUCUUCAUCACGGGGUAGUAAUGCUCGAGCUGAUGACAAUUCUCAGGAUGGGAGAGGGUCGCUCCAGAGAAAGUUUUCAGAGCAAAAUAUUGGUGCUCCACCUAGUUAUGAAGAAGCUGUCAGUGAAUCACGGAGCCCUGUAUAUAGUGAAAGGGAUGGUGGAGAAACCCCACAAGUUGCUGCUCCUGGAGCUGCUUCUCCUCUUGCACCACAAGCUGCUUCUCCUCCUGCCCCACAAGCUGCUGCUUCUCCUCCGCCCCCACAAGUUGCUGCCCCAGGGGCUGCUUCUCCUCCUGCUGGAAGCAACACAGACAAUAACUCUGCUGGUUUUGUUACUGAAUCUUCUCCGCAGAAAUUUGAGGCUUUUGAUGAAUUUGAUCCACGCGGUGGGUUUGCAGCUGCCCCUCCAGAAUAUGCAUCUGCAGACGGUGUUUCAGCUCCUCCGACAGUGGCUUCUACAUCUGCUCCUCCCACCUCAAACAGUGUCGAGAUGGACUUACUUGACUCCCUUGCAGACGUAUUUUCAUCAAAUGCAUUGGCCAUUGUACCUGCUGAUUCUGCAUCUGUUGAAACCCACGAACAAUCAAAUGCUCCAUCGUUUUCUACAUCUCAGCCCUUCGAUGACCCAUUUGGUGAGUCUCCUUUCAAAGCCUUCACUUCUACGGACACCGACUCAAACCCGCAGCAAAGCUUUGGAGCUCCUUUCCAGCCAACACCACCAGCCUUCACCUCGGAGGCCUCACAUACGGAUACUGCUGCUCAUAACUUUGGCUUUGAGGAUUCAUUUUCUGCUGUUGCCAAUCCUGAAACUGCUGCUCAGAAUGUGCAACCUCCAUCAAACUCACCAAGUUUUCCUCAAGAGCAGUUUACAAGUGAUAUUGAUAUUCUUGCCGGCAUUCUCCCACCAUCUGGUCCUCCAGCUUCACUCCCACAACAAUCGGGUGCCCCAGCACCAACAUCUCAGUUUCCUCCCAGUGGAAACAACAUGUACGAGGGAUAUCACCCUCAGCCUGUAACGACAGCUCCAAACAUGCCUGGACAAACUCCAUUUGGACAAGCUGUACAACCAUAUAACAUGGUUCCUCCUCAUUCACAAAAUAUGACUGGAGCCACGCCGUAUCACAGUGGAGGCUUCAUGCACCAGCCUGGCUCAGCUAAUUACAAUCCUGGAGCAGUAACUUCAUCGAGCUCCCAGACUCCUUACUCUAACCCCAGUGGACCAGCUGGUCAGUUCGUGGCACACCAAGGUCAUGGAAUGCCGCCUUCCCAUGGUCCGCAAAGAACUCAAUCCGGACCUGUUACUAUGCAAGGGAACAACAAUUUCAUGGGAGACAUGUUUUCACAACCUGCGCGAACAAACUCCUUGUCGUCAUCUUCAUCUCAACCGGAUCUCACACCUUUAACAGGAGCGAUUGAGGUUGUUCCUCAGCCUCAGAAAAAGUUUGAGCCAAAAUCAUCAAUCUGGGCAGACACGUUGAGCAGGGGGCUUGUUAACUUCAACAUAUCUGGACCUAAAACAAAUCCAUUGGCAGACAUAGGAGUUGACUUCGAGGCGAUCAACAGGAGGGAGAAACGGCUAGAGAAACCGACAAACGCACCAGCAGCAACAACAUCGACUAUCAACAUGGGCAAAGCAAUGGGAUCCGGCACUGGCUUAGGGCGUGCUGGUGCAAAUUCUAUGAGACCUCCACCAAAUCCAAUGGUAGGCGCUGGCAUGCCCAUGGGCGGCGUGGGGAUGGGUGUUGGUGGAUAUGGAGGUAUGAACCAAAACCAACCUAUGGGUAUGGGAAUGGGACCAGGCAUGAACAUGAACCAAAACCAAUCCAUGGGUAUGGGAAUGGGACCAGGGAUGAACAUGGGAGGAGGAUAUGGCCAAGGCUAUCAGAUGCAACCACAAAACCAAGGGAUGGUCCCUGGUCAGAUCAUGCCAGGCAACAACAACAACAACUAUAAUCCGAUGAUGGGUCAAGGCGGUUACAAUCCUCAACAACAACAAUAUGGUGGUGGGUACCGGUAAGACCAAAAAGCCAAACAUAACCACACUAGACUCCACUUUUAAAAUCAAGAACCUUACAUGAGAUAUUAGUUGGAUUGGCCAGCCGGUUCACGGAAGUACUCCAGGUUACUCGGAUUGUUCUACAAUGUUCUUUUGCCUUGAUCUUCUUCACUCAUCAUUCUUUUUCUCCUUUUUUUUCUUAGUAUGAACGUAAUUUGAGAGGGCUUUGUUGUGAAACUUGUACCGGUGAGAUAGUGGCAGACCUCCCUCGGGUCUGCCCUUUUUGUUAUUUGCAUAUAAAAUUCUUAUUACAUUUUUUUUUUGCUUUUCACGUAUUGAAUAUUUGUAAUCCAUGCACGGGACAAAUAAAAUAUUUUCUCUGUUUUUUU